GGGGGGGACACGACCUGGUGGUGGUGGGGGGCGGCAGUCUUCAGAACAGCUGGGAUGAUUAGGCGUCCCAUGGAAGGGGAGGAGGAGAGGGAGCCGCAGAGCGCGACUCAGGGGUCUGGGAAGGGCAGAACUGGGACAGGGGCAGGGUAAUGGGGUAAGCCGGGCUGGGGGAAGGGAGGGCUGGCUCCGGGGAUGAAGUUAGUUGUGGGACCGCGGACUGAGCCGGGGAUUCGAGGAGGAGGCGGUGCGGGCUGCGGGGAGACUCCGGGGACGGGGGCAUCCGUAAGCCAGGUGCCUCGGGGGCUGGUCCCCUGGUCAGUGCCGGCAGAUGGCUGAGGGGGCCGGGGAGAGGGUGGCUCUGCAAGGCCACUUCCAGGCUGUGGACCCAGGACUGGGUGAUGGAGAGCCAGCUGAUGCCCAUCCCACCUUUGACCUGGCUGAAGCAGCCCUGGGUGGGGGCCCUCUGUGUAGUCCCAGUUUUCAGCAACAUCAGGAACUGGAGCUGCAAGAACCGGCAAGACAGGUGGUGCCCCUGGAGUGUGCUAGUGUGCAGGCACGGGGGAUACUGAGUCUGGGGCGGCCUGCUCCACCACUGCUAGCACCAGAAGAAGAAGCCAAGAACCGGAAGCGACCAUGGCCCACCAACGGGCCAAACCUUGGGCCUCCCUUCCCACGGGGCCUAAGUGUCCCAGAUCUGCCGGUUGCUCCCUUCUUCCCAAGUGGUGGCACCAGCAGCCUGGACGUUCGAGCCGGGGGCCUUCAGGAUGCUCCCCGAUUUCCAAGGACACAGGAACCUCUUCGGGCUGCCCGCCCCACUCCUGCCCGAUUGUGCCAUCCCACACCUGUACUGAGCCGGUUGAGCACAGAGCCUCUAGAAUCCCUGGCUCCCCAUGCCUCGGAAGGAACCUGCCCUUGGGCUGCCGCAGGAGGAGGCAAAGUAACAGGCCUGUAUGCCGAACUAGUGAAAGAGUUGGAGUUACAGAUGGCAGAGCUUCGAAGGCUGCUGGUCUCUAGGGAAGAAGCAGCCCGGCGGCAAGAGAGAAGGAUCCGGGAGUUGGAACUGGAGAAUCAGCAGCUCAAGGGUCAACUUCGAAGCCUAGAGGAGCAGAAUGAUCUGCUGUCUAGCACCCGAGGUGGUGCAGUUGCAGGGCUUAAAGCCUCCUCUCCCAACACCAGCCUCAGCUCUGGGACCGGUAGCCUUGAUGUCAACGAAGGGAACAUCCACUUCCUCAAGGGCCUGGUGGGGCUACUGGAGAGCAACAUGGCACUACAGGUGAAUGGCCUUCCUGCACCGCUUCCCACAUCACCACCUGUGGAACCCAAGGGACCUCCUGCUGAGGCCCCUCGGUCCCCGCCAGUCCGUAGGCUUCGAGCAGGACUCCCCAGUGGCUUUCCAGCUUGGCUGAACUCUGAAGAUGGGGUGGGCAGUCCUGCCACACUGAGUGAGGCCACCUGUCUAUGGGAGGAGAAUGUUCAGGAUACACUACCUGAUGGAACCCCUGUAUGGGCAUCACCUGUGGAGGAGAAUGGGAGACCCAAACUGGAGCUGAUCCCCAACUCAGGGGUCUACAUCACUCACCACCAGCUAGAUGACCUGUCUCAGGUGUCAACAGACAAACCCAAGCUGAUGACCAGGCGUAUGCUGGAUUAUUUCUUCUCUCGGGAGACGCUGGCCCGCUCCUCUGCCACUGGUCAACGAAUUGCCCAUAAUAACACCACCAUGGAGAAGCCCAUCCGGCUGCCUGUUGCUGUGGUCAAUGCCAUCAAAGAAUAUGUCACCAAGGUGUGUGGUCGUGGCUGUAACUUUAAUGCCGUCAUCAACAGCAAGUGUGGGACCUCAAGGAGGGCAGUCAAGAAGAUGAUUGUAAAGAUGGACACUCAGAUAUAUCCUCAUUCAUUUGCCUGGGCCUGGAUGUUCCUGCAGAAGUAUUUCUAAAGAUUUCAGAGGAACUCCUUGUAGCACCAAGGACAGGACUUUGCAGUGUUGCUGCCAGACUGACAGAUUGAAGUCCUCUUACCUCCAGUGUUGGUGAUAGUGACAGGCACACCUUGGACCUGGACCCCAUUGAUA